AGGGAUGUGAAACACAGCGACAGAUGGGCGCGGGGGACACGGCGACACGGGGGCUGAGCGCUCCAGCACAGAGGUCCCCUCUUCCCGCAGGCGUUGCCUUCUCCCACAGCCUCCCCAGCGGCCUCAGCACCGCGCUGGCAGUGCUGUGCCACGAGCUGCCCCACGAGCUGGGUGACCUCGCGGUGCUGCUGCAGGCAGGCACAGCCCCCCGCACCCUCCUGCUGCUCAACCUGCUCUCAGCGCUGCUCUCCUGCCUGGGGGCGGCCGUCGGGGCGGCCGUGGGGCAGAGCGCGGCUCACCUCACCCCGUGGAUCCUCACCGCCACCGCCGGCACCUUCCUCUACGUGGCUUUGGCUGACAUGCUCCCCGAGGUGCUGCGGGGUCCCGGCGGAGGCACGUGGGGUCGCUUCGUGCUGCAGAACGUGGGCUUCCUGCUGGGCAGCGGCAUCAUGCUGGGCAUCGCGUUGGCCGAGGGCCACCUCAGUGCGUGGCUGCAGCCCUGAGGGGGCAGCCCCCCGUGUCGCCCCCCCCACCCCGAUGGCUGCAGGGACCCCCAAAACCCACCCCUGGGUUCGGACUUUCUCCCCUCCUCGUGGGACCCAUCUGCCAACCCGGAUGUUUGCCAAGAUGAAACGCGUGGAACCAACCCUGGGGGCUCCGUGGGUCGCAGCUGCCAGACCCCAACUCCACAUCCUCGUGGAGGGGGGGACACAGCAGAGACAACAUUGGGCCCCCACCCCUCCUCGGUGGCGCUGCAGAGCCCGGAUCUGGCAGCACUGACACCGAGAGGAACACAUCCCCUCCGUGAGAAAGGACAACAGAAGAGGGAGUAGAAGCAAUAGCAUUUUAAUAAACAUAAUCGAUUCAAAGCCACAAUAUGAAUAACAGGACUUGGUCGCAGCUUACAUUGUAUAAAAUAGAUCAAGUCUGAA